AUGGGGAAAAGGUGGGAUGCCUGCCGCUAUGACGCAGCCGAGGCCCGCGGUGACGGCGUCAGAGUUUCACCCGGGGAGGUGAGCGGCAGCGGGACGGGGGAACGGCGGGGUAGCCAAGCAACGCCGGACGCGCUGACGUCGCCGGGGCGGCAAAACGUCCGCCCGGGCCCGAGGCGGGCGGAGGCAGCUGUGGUUACGUGCGGGGGGCCGGUGACGCAGUCGCGGGGCGCUGGGACGCGGCGUGCGGAGCCGGCCGGCAGGGGCAGGCCCCAAGGCCCGGGCGCGGCGGCGGGACAGCACCUACCUUCCCGGCUUCAGGUCCGGGAGUGCGGGGCGCGGAGCCGCCGGAGCGCAGCCUCCCUCCUUCCUCCUCCCCCCGCCCCCGCCCCGCAGCGCGACACACAAUACUCGCCGGAAGCGGAAGCCGCGCGGAGAGGCUCGUGUCAGUGGAAGUCGGGGUGUCGGCUGGCCGCCGCGGGAAGGCCUAGCGGUGCCUGCGGGAGGUGGAAAGGGAGGGGGGUCAGAGGUGAGAACCAGCUGGAGGAGUCAGGAACGAGAAGGGACCCGGAGGGGCAGGUGUCUGAAAUGUGGUCGUCCAGGUCAGUCCAGAGAGAAGGUGGCGAGCUGAAGCGGCGGCCAGUUACGUGGCGGACCUGCGGGUCUCAGCUGGCACGUCACUUCCGACUGGUUGAGUUUUAGCCUUUUAACAUUCCAGGAUUAGGUAACCAUUCCGAGGAGGAAGAGUAUUUCAAAAAGUCUGUGAAGAAUGUGUUUGCCUGGAGACUGAUUAUUAACAAGAUUUUAUGCUGAAUAUGGAAGGAAAGGUGAGAGAAUGUUUAGAUAAAAAUAUAAAAUUACGGGGCGCCUGGGUGGCUCAGUGGGUUAAGCCUCUGCCUUUGGGCCAGAUCAUGAUCUCAGGGUCCUGGGAUCGAGCCCUGCAUCAAGCCCUGCAUCUCUGCUCAGCAGGGAGCCUGAUUCCCCCUCUCUCUCUGCCUGCCUCUCUGCCUACUUGUGAUCUCCCUCUCUAUCACAUAAAUAAAUAAAAUCUUAAAAAAAAAUUAUGUAGGGCAUGUACUAGGAUAUAGAAUAGGGGUUGGCAAAUCUUUCCUGUAAAGAACCAGAUAAGCUGUAUUUUCUGCUUUGAGGCUUAUACUUCCUCUGUAUUUGUAGUGUGAAAACAGUGUUAGUAUUAAAUGAAUGAGAAUUGCUUUGUUCCAAUAAAACUUCAUGUAUGGACACUGAAA